UGGGCACUGUCCCUGCUGUUGAAGGAAGCUCCAGUAAUUUCCUGUGGCUUCCAGUGAUUUCAGUGACUUUUAUAAUUUUAGCUUCCAGCAGAAUUACUAUAUUCGGGGUUGGGGCGCAAAGGGAUGGGUACCUUCGAGGGCAUGCUCCUAGAGCAUGCCGAAGAGAAAAAGGCAUAGCAG